AUGGCUGCCAAGGCAGGCCAUUUUGUGGUCUACACUGUGGAUGGCACAAGGUUCAUGGUGCCAUUAGCAUUCCUCAAAAGCUGUAUUUUCGAAGAACUCCUCGAAGUUUCAGCUGAGAAAUUCGGAUUGCCCAGUGAGGGGCCAAUCACCUUGGCAUGUAGUGGACUUUUCAUGGAGUACAUCCUCUCAAUGCUCAAAGGAAGCAUGCCAAGAGAUGUGGAGAAGGCUUUGCUGGAUGUUGGUGAUGGAAGAGAAAUAAACUUGGAAAAAUGCCCAAGAAGCAAGCUUCAGAACCAACGACUUAAAGAACAUGAAAAUUCUAUUGAACAUAUAACUAAUAUGAACUCUUGGAAGGAAUUAAAAAUGAGAUUAAAUAAAAAUGAAACAAUUGAUAAAGAUCUACAACGAGAAAUCUCUAAAGAAAGGGAGCGUUGGAGACAAAAACUAUAUCAAGAAAGUAAUGGAAACUUUUUAGGGUUGAUUGAAAUGAUUGCUGAAUUUGACGUUGUGAUGCAAGAUCAUAUUAGACGCAUUCAAGACCAUGAAAUUCAUCAUCAUUAUCUUGGUCAUAAAAUUCAGAAUGAGUUGAUUUCUCUUUUAGCCGAUAAUGCACUUGAUCUUAGUAUUGAAAAUAUUAGAGGUCAAGGUUACGAUAAUGGUUCUAAUAUGAAAGGAAAACACCAAGGAGUUCAAAAGAGGUUGCUUGAAAUAAACCCAAGAGCGUUAUACAUGUCAUGUGCUUGUCAUAGUCUUAAUUUGACUCUUAGUAAUAUGGCACAUUCUUGUGUUAAAUUGCAAUCAAAAUCUAUGUGCAUUGAUUCUGCUAUGAAACAAUUAGAUGGUAUAAUAUCAUAUUUUGAAAAAUAUAGGAAUGAUGGUUUUGCAACAAAUGUUGAGUUAAAUGACUUGUUUACAGAAUUAAAAAUACUACAACUAACUUUACCAUAUGAGAUAAUGUCGGCAGUUAAUAUUAUUAAUUUUGUAAAAAAUAUAGAUUGUUAUCCAAAUGUUGCAAUUGCUCAUAGAAUAUUGUUGACUAUGUAUGUUACCGUAGGAUCAGCUGAAAGAAGUUUCUCAAAAUUAAAAUUACUGAAAACAUACAUGAGAUCAACGAUGUCGCAAGAGAGAUUGAAUGGAUUAACAAUUUUAUCUAUUGAAAAGAGAGUUUAG